AUGGCUGAUGACGGUAGUGAGCUGAACGGACAAAAUGGUGUUGACCCCCCAGGACUGUUAAAUCAACGGCAGCAGUUGAAUCAGCAGAUUAAUCCCGCACCAGCGGCCCACCUGCAGCAGCAAUUUUUCGCUCCCGUUGUGACUACACACCAGCAGCAGCAGCCGUUCAUUCCCGUUUCUGCAGCUCAGCAGCAGCUGUUUACAAACAUUCCGCCCCACCAAUCGCAACCCCAGGUCAGUAAUGAUAUGCUCAUGCAAAUAAUGCAGAUGAUGCAACAGACGAUUGCUCAAAGCCAACAGCAGUUUGCUCAAAGCCAGCUCCAAGACCAACAGCUUAUGGCUCAGCUGGUACAGCGGCAGCAACAGUCCGACGAGCAGCAACAACAGUUUUUUCGUACUGUUGCAUCGUCAAUAAACGUGCAAGUACCACCGAACCCGGAACAGAUCCUUCACUCCUUGGCAAGCAAUAUCAAGGAAUUCCGGUUCGAGAUCGAGAGUAAUGCCACUUUCGCAGUGUGGUACUCUAGAUACGACAAUCUUUUCGAGAAGGAUGCUCUGCUAGGCUGGAUGACGAGGCAAAAUUUCGCACAGACAGUUGACAAGCUCAAGAGCCUGUUUGGAGCGAAAGAGUCGGUUAUCAGUCGUCGAUACCGAUGUCUGCAAAUCGCGAAGAAUCCUACUGAGGAUCAUGUGGCGUUCGCGUGUAGGGUAAACAAGACUUGCGUAGAAUUUGAACUGGGAAAGCUCACGGAAGAACAGUCCAAAUGCUUAGUAUACGUGUGUGGUCUAAAAUCGGAGAAUGACGUCCAGAUUCGUACCCGUCUCCUUACAAAAAUUGAGGACAAUAACGACGUUACAUUGGAGCAGCUCUCCGAGGAGUGUCAGCGUCUGUACAACCUCAAACACGACAGUGCGAUGAUUGAGUCUGCGGCACCAUACAACCAAGUGCAAGCGAUACAGAAGUUUGGUGGGAAGCGAUUAGGCGAGCGUGACCGAGAGUCACCACAACUGUCUUCGAGUGCUACCGGAAGGAAGCCAAGUUAUCCUUGUUGGCUUUGCGGUGCAUUACAUUUCGUCCGAGACAGUAGUUACGACAACCAUAAGUGCUCCGAUUGCGGCCAAGUCGGACAUCGUGAAGGAUACUGCGACAGUGCAAAGUCUCGGAAACCUGGAAGCAGACGUAAGAAGCGAGACGUCUCAGCCAAAGUGGUGGUGGUCGACGUAUGCAGCGUGGAGCAGCGACGCAGAUUUGUAUCUGUUGGCCUAUCUGGAACGGAUAUUCGACUGCAACUUGACACUGCAUCUGACAUCACUGUCAUCAUCAGGGAGAGUUGGCAGAAACUCGGUAGCCCUGCGCUUUUGCCAGCAACAGUCAAAGCGAAGACAGCAUCUGGUAACAUUUUGUCACUCGAUGGAGAAUUCGAGUGUGACGUCACAAUCGGAGAAAGUACACGACGUGAUCUGAUCCGUGUUACCGAGAAACAACUACAUCUACUCGGUUCCGAUUUAGUCGAGAGUUUCAACCUUUGGUCCGUACCCAUGGACACCUUCUGCUGUCACGUGUCAGGCUCUCCUGCGGCAACCGCUGCACUGCAAUCGAUUUUUCCAAACGUGUUCACCGAUCAGCUCGGUUUGUGCAGCAAAACUAAAGUGAAGUUGGAGCUGAAAAAAAGUGUUCGACCCGUCUUCUGCCCUGAGCGCCCGGUUGCGUACGCGAUGUAUGAUGCCGUUGACCAGGAACUCGACCGACUGGAAAAUUUGAAUAUCAUCACGAAUAUUCGGAGUGGGCUGCUCCGAUCGUUGUCGUCCUAUCCACUUCCCCUACCGGACGAUAUCUUCGCCAAGCUGACUAACUGUAAGGUGUUCAGCCAGAUCGAUUUGUCCGACGCUUUCUUGCAGGUGGAAGUCAACGAACAGUACCGUAAGUUGCUAACCAUCAAUACGCAUCGUGGCCUCUACUCCUACAAUCGCCUCCCGCCAGGGGUGAAGAUCGCACCUGGUGCCUUCCAGCAGCUCAUCGAUACAAUGCUAGCCGGUCUGCAGUGCACGUGUGGCUACCUCGAUGACGUCAUCGUCGGCGGAAAAACUGAAGAAGACCACGAUCGCAAUUUGCGGGCUGUUCUAAAACGAAUUCAGGAUUUCGGGUUCACCAUUCGAGUCGAUAAAUGCACCUUCCACAAGCAGCAAGUGCAGUACGUGGGUCAUAUUGUCGACAGUCGCGGAUUACGUCCAGAUCCGGCCAAAAUCGAAGUGAUAUCCAAGCUGCCGCCUCCAACCGAUGUAUCUGGUGUGCGAUCAUUUUUGGGGGCUAUCAACUACUACGGCAAGUUUGUUCCCAAUAUGUGCAAGUUACGAUAUCCGCUGGACAACCUUCUCAAGGACGAUGCGAAGUUCCAGUGGACUGAUGAGUGCCAGAGAGCGUUCGAGCACUUCAAACAAAUACUCUCCUCGGACCUCCUUCUCACACAUUAUGAUCCGAAGCGGGAGAUCAUUGUCUCUGCCGACGCUUCUUCCAUUGGGCUCGGGGCAACGAUUAGCCACAAGUUCCCCGACGGCCAGGGUUACCAAAAACACAGAAUAAUCUGUAUUUAA